AAAUUCACCCACGCGCGGUGAAAGAAGCUCGCUUACCCACGACAGGGUCUCCAACUCCCAUUUCCGUUACCCUAGGGGAUGACAAGACCCAGCGCUUCUUCGAUCAGACGGUCACCGACCUCCUUUUCUUCCUCACUCUCGAACCGACUAAUCGUUCCCCGGCGUCUCGUCGCCACCGCUCCUCUGCACAUUUCGAUGUGAUGGAGACGGGGUACGACUUCAUUCUUGGCACUCCGUGGUCUCGUCGGUUCCGCAGCACCGAGGCCGAUUGGGCAACCAACACUCUCGUUCUCAAAACGAAGUGUGGACAGACGUAUCACGUACCUUUCAUAGGUACCACUGCGACACCACGCCCCGAUCCUCCUCCCUCGGAGCCUUCCGUGCCCACACCAUCUCCUUCCAUCACUGUCACCUCCCCUCGGCAGUUCGCCCACUUCAUCCGACAGGACGACGUCACCUUCUUUAUUGUGGACGUGACGAAUCUCUUACACUAUGAUCCACCCUGUCCUGACGCCGAGCUCAUCCCUCUUGAGCCAGAUCCUCCUUCUAUCUCCAUGGCUCCCAUCUCUACUUCCGUUCCCCCGUCGUCCGUCGAGUCCACUCCGCCGUCGCGCGCUGACGCUGAUGCUGAGGAGCUCGCACGAUAUACGGCUGACCUGGAGCCCGCAGUUCGUGACCUCAUCCGAGAGUACCACGACGUUUUUCCAUCGUCGUUCUCGUACGCCGGCAUCCCACCGAUGCGUGACGUCGAGCACUCCAUUCAGCUUGUGCCUGACUAUCCAGCUUACCUUCAGCGGGUACAGGCAUUCACUGAUGCCGUAGCUACCGCAAAGGCACAUGAGGAAGCAGCAGAGGCGGAACGUCAGCGGCUGGUCAGUGAGGCGGCAACCCAAGCUCAGCAGACUGCUGAGGCUGACGCCGUGAUGCGAGAUAAGCGGAACGCCAUUUGCAUGGAGUCCUUGACUAUGAAUGAGAGUCAGUGGACGACACUGCUCCAAGGCAUGCUGUUUGUGCCUUCGGAUACACAGGCGGAUCCGACACCGGCGGAGGAAGAAAUGAGCAACCUGGCUAACCUGAUGAUGAAUAUGAUGCGAGCAAUCAUGUGGAACAAUACGAUGUUAAUGGUGCAAAUACACGAGGGCAGACAACUGCGACAAAUUCAGCAAAAUGAUUAUGCAGCCUUAACAACUGCUGUUCGCGCUGCCGCCACACAUCAGCAACAACAGCAACAACUGUUGAGCACCACCACCGCGCGCGUCAACAACAUCGAGGCUAAGGCCUCAACAGCGCCAGGCUGCACGACAGACGCGACGAAGCAACUCAAUGAGCGCAUCGAUCACGUCGUCACCAUCAUUGGCGAACUGGGUGAUUUCACCAGUCCGGCCACGAUCUGCAGCACGGUGGCCGCCAUCAAGACGGACAUCACCAAGCUGCAGACAAGACCGGACUCCGCUACAAGGAACUACAAGAUGCCACACUUCACCAUCAGCAAGUUCGACGACUACAACAAGACGGACGCCUUGACAUGGUGGCAAAGUUUCCUCAUGGAAGCGUCAUGCCGCACUGUCCCGGCUGACGACAUGAUGAAGGCGCUGUACUUACAACUGAUUGGAGGAGCGCAAACAUGGAUGAACCAUCUGGCGGCUACCAAGAAAUGCACCAUCGCCGAACUCCACACGCACAUUCCGUGGAAGGAGUUCGAUCAACUGUGGUUCACUCGCUUCAUGGUCCGCAACGUCGUGAAGGCGGCCAUGAACGAGGUGUACACACGCUCACAAGGGAGUAUGCCAACUCGAGACUGGACAACCAAGUGGCAAAAGAUAGUGACCACGCCAGGCUUCGAUUUGAGUUUCCCUAACCAACGAUCCGAGUUCUUCUCGCGAUCAUGCGCAGGACUGCGAACCGCACUCGGCACCGAGUACGAUUACGCCUCAUUCCAGGCCAUCCUGGAUCGUGCGAACUUGGUCAUCCAAACGGAUGACAAGGCCGCAAACGAACGGCAAUCCCAACCGCAGUAUCCGAUGUCUUUUGACAUCCUCGACACCAAGUUCGACAUGAUUCUAGGCAUGUCUUGGUUGCGUAGCGCCGAUCAUCCGGUGAACUUCCAUGACCGAACGGUUCACAUCGGUGAUCGGAACGGAGUGUUAGUCCUAUGUACGGUUGCGACCCCUCAUACUUCGAUUGCUUGUCACGUGGUUUCCGCUGCGAGAAUUCGCGACGCCAUUGCUCGGAAUGACGUCGAGGAGAUCGGCCUUGUAUUCUUGCAUGCUCUCCCCUCGCCGGAUGGACCAGCCGCGUCACCGCCGUACCCACGCAUUUCUCACCUCUUGGGCGAGUAUAGAGACGUCUUCGAGGCUCCCACCGGAACGGUUCCGGAUCGGCCCAUACGUUACGGGAUCACUCUCGAGGCUGGCGCCGUCCCUCCGCUUGGAUGUAUCUACCGCAUGAGCGAAGAGGAACUCGAGGUGCUUCGCGCACAACUCGAUGACCUUCUCGACAAGGGUUGGAUUCACCCUAGUUGUUCGCCCUACGGUGCCCCUGUUCUCUUCGUCCGGAAGAAGAACAAAGAUCUACGGUUAUGCAUCGAUUAUCGUAAACUUAACGCACAAACCGUAAAGAAUGCCGGCCCUCUCGGUCGGAUUGAUGAUCUUCUUGAGCGGUUAGGCGGCGUGACGUACUUCUCGAAGUUGGACUUGAAGUCAGGUUACCACCAGAUUGAAAUCCAGCCUCAAGAUCGGUACAAGACCGCGUUUUUAGACGCGAUACGGGCAUUUUGAGUGGGCUGUCAUGCCCUUUGGCCUCACCAAUGCCCCCGCGACUUUCCAAGCAGCGAUGACGACUAAGUUUCGCGA